AUGAGUUGUAAAUACAAUAACAGUCUACACGUUUUUCCUCGGAAAUCGAUUAUUGGAGCUGAAGUUGGAGGAUACGCAGUCGGGAGCCCAGCAGAUAUUCGAUGACCUUCCGAGACGAAUAAUACAGUUUGUGGCAAGGUUUUGUGUAGAUGCGUGUUACAUAAAAACUAGCGUCAGAGGCGCAAUUAAUAUAUCAUAACCAGUAGUUACAGUGUUUAAUAGUGUGCUUAUUCUAAUUGCGUUAAUUUUGCAAUAGUGUACAAUACAUCAUUCUGAAUGUGAAAUGCUUACUCAUGCAUUGCUUGUUCCAGUAAUUAGAUCAAUAGUUCAUACCCCCACAAACGUACCAAUAUUGCAGUCUUACGUAAAGGUUAGAUAAGCGAGUGUUAUGAAAUAAGUGUUGAAUGAAGCACCUAGUGAAUAGAAUUUCAAGCAUUCAUAUGUCCACUAUGGUGCAAUAAGAUGUUUUAGAAUAAGUGUGGUAUAUUUGCUUGUGUUACCAUCUAUCCGUUGUGGGUUAUCGAUUUGUGAUUAUGCGAAAAACUCUUCGUUGAAAACAAUCAGCACAUGGUGCAAUAGUGAUCAAUGAGUGCAGUAUCUGGAUAUUGAUGGGCGAGUAAAACAUCCAGAAUCAGUUGAGGCCGUGUACACAAGAAGCAAUAAACGCGGUGUGACUCCAACGGAACUAGGGACAAAAUGUGACAUGAAACCGACGCUAAUCCUAUUUGAGCGCAGAGCGAAACACCCGGCCAAGUGCACGGCUAGUGCACGCGUGUGAGUGGUUCGCCGUGUGUAGCACAGCAGAAGAAAUAGAAGAAAUAAUCCAUCCCCCCUCGAGCCACUGCUACCGUCCAGGGACAGUGAGUGGCGGCCUGUCAUAAAAAAUGAAGCAAACGGUGAUUCUAUUCGUAAUCGGUUGCACCGUGUUGGGCCCUGCUGCCUUUGCGGGUGGCCAGAGCGCGGCCAACGGGGGCGGGGACCCGGCUCCGGGCCGCUCGCCGGGACCGCCCGGUAUCAUGGAGCUGUCGAACACCGAGCACGGAGAGCCAUUGCCGGGGGAAUCACCGACCUACAUAGUUACCAAAGAUGAUACCGGUGAAGGGGAAGGUGAGAAUCGUUCACCGUUGACGUCGAACGACGUUCUGGAUUCACCGCCGGGCGAGGACCAGGUCCACGCUGGAGGGGCUGGUGAUGUGGAACAGUCCGUAGGUGACGUCAGCAGUGAAUCGUCCGGUAGCAGUGCGUUAGCUACUUCCGGGGAAAGUGGUGGGGAACAGAUCCAAAAUGAGAAUCAACCCGCGGAAGAUGGUGGAAGUGAUGGGGAUGGGGACGGAGGACAACCACCGACGGUCGGGGUUGGACCUUGCUCGAGGAAUAUCGAGGAUUAUCUGAAGCCAGACGAUAAGAUUGUACGGGUUGACAAGGACAAGGAUGAUGGCGGGACGCACCUGCAGGUUCACGUCGUUCAUGACGUGUUUGACACCGCUAAUGGAAUUGUUCCGGGCGUUGUGUAUCGAGUGCAAGUCAACCGGCCGCAACAGUCGGAAGUUCGUGACUUCUACAUCGAAUCCCUGGCGAAGGACUCCGCGGCGCCGGGUUCCCACACGCACCACCGCCGUCCGGUGGGGCGGUUCUUAGAUAGCAAUCAACUUUCCAAUUCGGACCGGGUCCAACUGUUCGACGAAGGGUCCAACACCUGGAUCGACGACCUGGAAGCGGACUGGGCCACCGGGCAUCAGCAUCGCAAGUCGUCGUCAGCGUCACACCUGGAUACGUUCCGCUGGAACUCGAUCCAUCCGAAUAUCGAAAAUUACUUCGACGAGGGUGAUAACGAUGAUGGUGAGGAUGGCGGUGACGAUGGCGACAACGAUAACGGUGACGGCGUGCUGGAUGGUUCCUUUCUUCCCCGGGACUGUCUGAGUCACGUGUGGAAGCAAGAUUUGAUGUUCGAAGACCGGAUGGUGAUGAACUGGAGCGUGCCGGUGGAAAACGUCCGAUUCACUCGACGGGGGAGUGCGAGCAGGAGCACUAGCAAUAGCAUUAGUAGCAUAGAUAGCAGCCAAGACAAUGGCCAACGCAACAGAACUGUCUAUUUUAGGAUAUUAUAUCGUACAAUGACCAGCCAUAUUGUUUACGAACUGAUUUACACAAUGGUGCUUUUAAAAGAAUGCAAUUUACUACUUAAGGAAACCUCGGGAUCUCUCGACUCCGGCAAGCUGCCGGCGGAGUACGACGACUGUAGAAUAGGCUUCCCCUCGCGACUGGAGGAUCUGCAGCAGCAGCAACAGCAAUUGCCACCAGGUCUGGUGGUGCAACUAACAAGGCUCAAUAUUCCCUGCCGCAUCGACGGCGGCUAUCUUAAGUUUAUCGAUUCCAUCUCUAGCGGUAGUGUAGAUGGGAUGGUUGGUGGUGGUGCGGUUGAUCGCGAUUCAGUGAUGGCGGGCGCUCCGGCCGGGGCGCUGUGUGGCAAACUUGAAGAACUGCCCAAACACGAACGGACGUUUUACUUUCAGAGGCAUCGCAACACUAGCCUGAUAGUGCACAACCGGGCGGUGUUUAGUUUUAACUUUAGGCUAGUGGAUUACUGUUACAAUGUAACGCUGAGUGAUAGGAACAGUUCGGUGCUACUGAGGCCUUUGCGAGGUCUGGACUGUCGCUUCAGGAUACAUCUGCCGUACGGAAACCGAGUGCGACUGCGGCUGGUCACAAACGCGGAAGGGGAGUCAGUCAAUUCUAGUUCGGGUGAUCGGGAAUUGGUGGAUUUGAGCCUGAGUCAUAGCAGUGGGUUGACGCCACAGUGUUUCGGUGGAAUUCGCGUUGAAGUUUUUGAACAGCCGCAGAAUCGUUGGGUUCGAUGCGUAGACAGCUACAGUAGAGUAACGGAGUACACGGUGCUUUCCAGUGAUAAUAGCAUAGUGAUUCAAGUCAACAAGAACCCACUGCUGGCGGUUUUGGAAGCCGCAGCGGGGGCCAACGAUAGUAGUAGAUCCAGCGAUAGUAGCAGUAGUAGCAGUAGCAACGAUAGCAAUAAAGUUAAGUCAGUCCCAUCACUACUCAUCGAAUAUAGUUCGCAUCCGAUCGAGAACGUCAUCUCACAAUGUGCCUUCGGAUGGAUCGCAAGCAAUCAGUUCUGUAUCGCUCCGCUGGAGAGCGAACGGCUCAGUUGGGUGGAGGCCGAACGGGAAUGUAACCAUCGGGGAGGCCAUUUGGCCUCAAUCCGGUCGGUCGCGGACCAGAAGCUGGUCGAUCAACUUUUGCUCAAAAGUCCCGGCUAUCGGGACGGGAAUGCCUACUGGAUUGGGGCAUCGGAUAGGGUACUGGAAGGGGAUUUCCGAUGGAGCGAUAAUCUUCCUUUUACGUAUUCCAAUUGGUUUCCCGGUUGGAUUCAGAAGGAGAACUACAAUCGACAGCCGAAUGAUGACGGUCUAAGCGGUCAAGACUGCGUGGAGAUUCGACGCCAGUUCCAGAUUCCUCCGGGAACUUCCUCAAGCGCCAGUCCGUUGGCACAAUCGUACAUGUGGAACGAUCGCGAUUGCGAAGCAAGAAACUUUUUUCUCUGCGAAAGACUAGCAGUUGAAGAGCCACUCGAGAAGACCUGGCAUGACGAUUGCAACAAAACGAUCUCUCUAACGGUGGAUCGCCCGAAAGCUACCAUCUGGAGUCCGGGGUUUCCGAGGCCUUAUCCGGACAACGUUAACUGCCUGACUAUGAUCACUGCCCCUCCCGGCUAUCGGAUAGUGGUAGAUUUCGAGGAGCUAGUUCUUGAGAAUGAACCACUGUGCACUUACGACUAUCUCCAAAUCCUGGAGCCACCAGCCAACUUUUCCGCCGCCUACAGCAAACCUUCCCGCUCCGCCUUCGGAGGGGCUCCACUCUUCCAGACGCGCAACCCGCGGCACAGCACAAGUCGCUACUACGUGCGUCGACGCAAAUCGAACUUUCUCCCCUACAAGGCCGACAUCGCCGAUCGGCUCAUGUCGACCUUCACCAGCAAAACCCCGAACCUGAUCCUCCAGCCGGAAGACCCCAGCUACAACCUGCGACUGCCCCCGCCGGAUCUGCACACGGGUCGCGUUCCGCGCAAGGUAUGCGGCGACUGGAGCUCCAAGCUGAAGCUGCUCCGACACACGACCAAGGGCCCGCUGCUGGCGUUGCGGUUCGUGUCCGACUACUCCAACCACUACGGUGGCUACAAGGCCAAAGUUGCCAUGGAAAAUGUGAUAUCGGAGUGCUACGACGAGCGCUUCAAGGCCUACAACGCGUCGUGCUAUUCGUUCAUCUCCUUCCCGGAAGCGGACUGGCUGACGGCCCAGCAGAUCUGCCGACUGAACGGAGCGCAGCUGGCGUCGAUUUCGACCACCGAUGAGCAAAGGUUUAUCACGUUCAACAUUCGCAACAGCUUGGACUACACACCCCGAGCACUGUACUGGGUGGGAGGAGAACUAACCGACACCGGUGACCUGGAAUGGACCGAUGGAACAAAGCUACUGUUUGAGGGUUGGCUUCCCGGUCAGAAGCCGGAGCCGACGCAAUCACCCCCGGCUUCCAUGUGCUUAGGCCUCCAGUGGAAAAUUUCCCCCACGCCUAUGAUUUCAUCCGGAUUGCACUGGAGCACACAGCAGUGCUCUGCCCGAGGUGGGUACGUUUGCAAAAAGCCGCGUCCAACGGCCGACGAGAACAUGGUCAAGAAUCAAACCAUAAGCGGGACGGAAGGACGAUUGGAUUCGCCCAACCCAUACCCUGCCCACACUGACUACUGGGUUCGGUUGGUGGCCCCGGAAAGCACCCGCAUCAUCAUCCAGUUCCAGAAGCUGGACAUUGAGUUCCAGGAAGAAUGCCUCUACGAUUACGUAAGCAUACAGAACUUUCAAAUUGUCCCAAACGCUCCGUUGAACCCUGGCACCAACCCUGAACCGAUGGCCAUGUUCUGGGGCGGACGAACGGAAAAUCUACCAUCGGAUGACUACACGAAUGAUCAGCCCUUUCGAUCUCUGCUGAACGGCGACUACUACUACGACCAGAAAAGCUCGUCUCCACCAAAAGAGCAGAAAUUCUACCGGAAGCGGUCACUACCAGCGAAUUACGACAUCCAACAGAAACUGCAGGACAACAUAAAGCUCCUGGAGAAAAUCAACGCCAAGCUCAAAGAUCGCAAGAAACGUUUCCUAAGCUCGGACAACUACAAAACCGUGAAGAACAGCUCGCAGAGUAUCACGUUAGAGUCCAACGCCGUUGAGCCGACAGUCGAGGAGACGGAUCCUUCCUUCCUUCCGUACGUGCGGUGGUGUGGGACACACGACUCCAACAUGACCCGCUUCAACUUCAUCUCGAGCGGGAACGAAGCCUUUCUGCGGUUUCACUCGGAUUUCUCCGCAGGUGGUAGCGGUUACACGGCAACCUGGAGCACGGUAGACGUUUCGGGCUGUCCAGUUCAGACGAUAACUUCGCGGGAAGGUAGCAUCAGAAGUCCGAAUUUUCCGCAUUUUUUGCUGAACAACCUGGACUGCACGUACAUUAUUCAGGCUCCGUAUGGGAAGAAAGUUUGGUUGGAAUUUACCUUCUUCGACUUCUUGAUGGACGCAAUUCUGUACGUGGACAUUUCGGAAGGGCCCUUUGAACCGUUUCGAGACGUGAACCACCUAAAUGAUGGCGUGUUCUUGAGCAAGGGUGAGCGUUUGGUUGUGCGGCUCAAGACUGGGCCUUUACCACGAGGGAAGGGCUUCCACGCGACGUUCAAGACGAUGAGCUCUGCAGCAGAACAGCGCUCCAUCCACUUGGCGAACAGGACGAAUGGAAACAUGUUCUACCUGAACUACCCACAGUCAAUGCCAUUUGAGAUUGAUUUCACUCAACAUCUGGUCGCUCCAUUAGGAGAGGUGAUCCUGCUGGAACUUCAUGGUGUGGGGUUCAGCGAACAUGGCUGCCACAAAAGCGGAUUUAUCGAGAUUUACGACAACUAUGCAGACAAGAAUGGAACUCUUUGGCAUCUUUGUGAGGUCAACCACUCGAACGCCUCCGUUUCCAAAGUCUAUUCGGCAGAGUACAAACUUAUUGAGAACAGUCUGGCCAAGCCCGCUCCAAUCUACAUCACAUCCUAUCUGAACACUCUGCACAUUCGACAGAGGAACGUUCAAGGCAUGGGCGUCCGACUGAACGCAACCGUCCGGCUGCAAUCCGACAUCGGCUACAAGAUGAAGCUCAUUACCAACGAGGACGAGUGGGUCGAAAGCUGCAAGCCGAAUCCCUGCCAAUCGGGGGGUAAGUGCGUAAUGCGAAAGGACGAUCGUGGGAUCUGCCAAUGUCGGAGUUACUUUACGGGGCGCUUCUGCGGAUUGACGAUGUGCGAAUUGGAGCCGUGCUAUUUCGGCAAAUGCGAAUUGACACAAUCCAGCUUCAAGUGCCACUGCCAGCCCGGUUACAUGGGCAAACGGUGCGAUGAAAAGCCGAAACCGUGUGAGGACAAUCCAUGCGAGGGGCGCGGCGAGUGUCAUCCCAAGAACGGCGGAUAUUUCUGUCGGUGCCACGCCUGGUGGGAAGGCCCUCGAUGCGAGAAACGAAUGAUGCACAUCCCGUACAAACCGUUGUCGGAACGAAUGCUACAGGAACCGUUCUGGCUGGGUUUGAUAACAGUGUUCGUCGUGUUGGCGGUGAUUGGAUUGGUUUGGUGCGCCAAGCGGCACUUCCCGGAGAAGAUCGAGAAGUUGCUCGCCGACGAAGCACAUCGGAACAGACCGGCCAACUUUCCGCCGCACCACCUGAAUACGGCACUUCGGGAGCAGCUGCAGGCCACGGCCGUCGGAACGGUGCCUUCGUCGACGGCCACUACCCCAGCGACGCACCGUACCAUCUUCGGACGUUUGGGUAUUAGAAAACCAUCAAUAUUGAGCCUCAGCAGCCCUCAGCAAGUUGGAGGGGCAACCGCUAGAACAUUUUCAUUAGAUGAUCUUUUACGGCCCCCUCCUCGACGUGAUGUGUUUUCAGGAACUCCAUCCCCUCGCAAGAAGCGGAAUAACUCAACGCCCACCAAGAAGAACGUCAACGAAAAGAAACAGAUACUGCAACAGUUGGUAUCGCCGGCUCCGAACUCUACCACCAAGCAAGUCAGCCUCGGCGAGCUGAUCCAGCUGUCGGAGAACCGGCUCAAGGUGCACCACGCCGAGUCGGAAUCGGACCUCAAGGAGACGACCUUCUCGGACCACUCGCUGUCGGUGUCGUCGAUGGUCCGCCAGAUAUCGGACCCGAAGCUGGAGAAGAAGGUCACCUUCGCCCGGCUGCUCAGCAAGGUUUCGGCCGAGAUGAGCAGCGGAUCGGAGGACCUGGCCAAUGGAACAAAACAUUCUAGCGCUUUAAGUCUUCCGACUGAAGUCCCGCAACGCGCAAACUCCGUACCGCCGUCACCAAGCACAAACGAAAUUCGUUCACCGCACAGCACUUCCUCGAACCAGGGAAGCGAUUCGCUGUCCAGUUCCGAGCUAGCUUUGCAUGAUUUCGGCUUGCGAGGCCACCAGCGGCGGGCCCGCCCAAAGGUGUCCAGUGCCGACUCGAUACUGGCCAUGUUCAAAAACUUUGCGACCUCGAGCGCCGGCAUCAAUCUCCCGUCGUCGAUCGUGAUCUCACCGUCGUCUACUCCGACGGCCUCAAGCCCACAAGACGACGUGGCGGGCGAUGACGACUCGUCGACUUCGUCCAUUCACACGCCGGUCAGCUUCUCCAGCGGGGCGCCCGACUCACCCGUGUUCUACCGGCAGAGCACGAUCGAAGUACCUGUUCUCGAUGCACUUAGCGCUCACAAAACGACGCCUUCGGCUACCACAACCACCACCACACAGCUGCACCCGCCAACCAUUCUGCUGGAGAUACCCAGCAACGGAAUCAAUAACAAGUGCCUAUCUCCGAUCAGAGAAAUGCCCACCCCAAUACCAUCGCCAGCGUUGACUCCGAUCAUGCCGCGACCCCAACGGGGGCGAUCUCCCCAGAACAUGCAUGACGAGUCGAUGUCCGUGACGUUCAGUGGCAACUACUCCGGAUACAACAACUCGAACCCCAAUCAAGUCACAAUCGAAAUCAACCAACCCGAAUCGGACACCGAUUCACCCACGCCAACCAAUCUCUCCUCCCAGAGCGACUCCAACAGCUCGAACGGUUCCAGCCGGAGCCGCAAGGCGCCGCCUCCUCCGAAGAUUUCCAUUUCUAUCGAUGUCCAACCUCCAACCCCCGAAAGGGAACGAGCCGUACGACCUCGUGAUCUAGUCAUUCCGGAGCUGGUCAUCCAACAGCCCAGCCCGACGAAAGAGCGCUCCUCGGUGGUGAUGUUUCCCGGGUCACCGCCUCCUCAGAGGGCCAGCAUCGGAGAGACUAGCUUUCACUUCCCCAACAAGCAGCAACAGAAAAGAUUGCUGAAUAAAUGGGAGAAGCCCGGCUCGUUGGAUCUGCCCUUCGAGCCCCCGAUGAUUACAAUCACGUCCAACAUGAGCGAGCUUGAGUCGGAUGCCGACUGCAUGUCACCGGCCGCCACAGGUAAACCAAACGGUACCAACACCCUAGGCGUGUCCGGUAGUUCCGUAGGAAUGUGCUAUCUCAGUCCGUUUUCGAUGUGUACCCGUGGUGAUCGUGCGCCGUCCGAAAGUAACCUUAGCUCGUCCGGCUACUCUAGUAUGGCUAGUCCCGGUCCCAGUAGGUGCGGAUCUAGCAAUCCUCUCUGUCCAAGCGAGAUGGAAGACCCCGGUUCAGGUUCCGGAGGGACGGGUUUCCCUGGGUUGAGCUCCAUGAUGGGCCGUCGUCACACAUCGAUCCUGAAGAAACACAGCGAAGUCAUGGGUGGCGCCAGUGGAACGUCUGCCGGUGGCAGCACCGAUCGUCACGACUCUUUCAGACUGAGGUCUGACUCGGAAACCCUGUCCGAUGACCCGCUGCUGGAAUCCAACGAUGAAGGCAUCGGAACGGACCACCUGGACGAGAAGAUCGAAGAUGGAGAAAUCAAAAGUGCCAAAGAGCUGGAGCUCUACAUCGGCAAGGAGCUAAUCGAGAAUGGACGAAGCAUUCUAAACCAAACGGAGGCGGCAUCCAUGUCUCAGCUGCAGUUACCGUCGAUCGUGAUACAGUCGGAGAGUGGGUUCGACAAGCUUUCACCGGUUUCGUCGCGCUCCGAGAGCCCCCUGAGCGAUCGAACCGCCAGCAUGGAGCGAUUCUCACCGCAUUUCUACGGCAAGAAGGACCAACAGCUGCCAUUCACUGACUCGGACGGACUGUACGACUUCCCCUCGUCCGACGGCAAAGGCAGCUCCACGAUCCACCAUCGGAAGAGUGCCGUUGGUCGCAGGAGAGAGCGCCGCAGCUCGCGCUCCGGUGCGACGCUCUCUCCAUCGAAGUCGUCCUCAAUACUGCUGGAGAUUCCCGGCGGGACCACCAAGGACAAGGACAACAGCGCCACAGGACAAAACUCGCACAGCGUCACCGGAUCGAAAUAUUCCUGCGUUACGCCAACUCGCAAAAGCCCCAAGAGGCGUCCCCUGUACAGGCAUCCCGUAGCGAGUAGCUCAUCGUCAACCGAAUCGUUGACUUCCACUCGCGAGUACACACAAAGGUCCAGCAAAGCAUUCAUGUCCUACACGAGAGAAACCCAUCUGUGCGACUCCGGAGACGACACCGGCGAGGUACGUUCCCAAUCCAACCCGCCAUCAGCUGCCCACACUGGCAACAUCCACAGCAACAGUCUGCCCCCUUCGUCGACAUUCCCAGCCCCACCGCGUACUAAUCAAUCAACCAUUUUCUACCCCAUCCCGCCCGAUCAGCCUUCCACUCUCCUCCCAUCAACAUCAUCCGACCCACCACCGCCGGACGGUUCCCAGAAACCGUCCCGCUUCGCCAACUGUGCAGAUUCCGAUCUGUUCCGUCGCUUGUUGAACUACAAGCUCGAUAGGCUACGCUCCAAUCCGGCGGCACCGUCACAGCAGCAAUCGCAGUCACACUCCGGCAAGCAAUCCACCUCCUUCGGCAGCUAUGCCUACACUCGAAUCGGACAAAACGAACACGAUUUCGACGACAACGAUGUCGACGAAGACGAGGAUGACGCGGAUGAAGCCCGCGACGAAGAUGAUUACGAUGACGAUGAUGAUGAUGAUUACUAUUACGAACAGGUUUUGUUCUUUUUCCAAGUCUUUCCAAACGCCACCUGUCUGUCGAACUCGCUCGCUUUUGUCCACCCCGUGCCCUCGAGUAUAUGAACCACACGCACACACACACAACACAAUCGCCUGAGUCUCUGGAUUGGAUUGAUUACCCUAAAUUUUAGAAUCAUGCACUCACCACCACCAACAAAUAGAAAUCAAACCCGCACUCAUGUAUAGACAGAGAGAACAAUUCGGAAUAUAGAAAUUUCGACGAACUGAGAGAGAGAGAGAGACCACCUUCCACUUAGUUCCUGAUAGAUCGGUAGUUUAGCGUUAGUGUUUGCGUUCUAUUAUUAGCUGUAGACAUGUUCGGUAGAAACCCGUAGAACUAGUGCGCCGUUCUAGGAUGACAAACUGGCCUGCCGUUUUGAAGAGUUUCUGGGCUUCCUAUUGUUCUAUAGUGAGCUGUUGGCACAUACGUUGGUGCUGUCAUCUGCUGUGGGUGUGAGUUUGUUUUACGUGUUUGUGCAUCGUUCGCUGACAACACUAUAGAUGGCAAUCAUGUCGACAUUUAUCCACUGAAUCACCAUCAAUCGUAGUAAGUAGAUUGUCUUUCCCGGCUAUGAAUCAGCGCAUUCGAAUCAACCAUCACCAUUUGUACUUCGCAACUUAUCCAUUACACUCAUACAAUAUGUUCAUCAUUCCAAGUUUCCAGGGCGUUUUUAUGAAUUGCGUUUUUUCAUUAGAGUUUGUAAAAGCUAGUACAGAAAUAACAAAAAUACAUUUUUCCAAUUCCAAAUUGUACAUAUCACAAAGAACUGUGGCUCUGUAA